AUGUCCUACUACUGCAAACAGGAACUGAACUGCUGUGCUUUCAAUUCUUUCAGGUUUCUGGUCAAAGGAGGCCUGGCUGGAGCUGCUGUGUACGUGGCAUAUGACCAGGGGCUGCUGGGCAGUGGCACAGAAGGUGCUGAAGCACUCAAAAAAGCUCAAGAAACGCUGCCUCCAGCUAUCCAAGAGUGGACAGAUUACCUGGGCUGGGAGCUCCCAUCCACUCCAAAAAUUGACUUUUCCUUCUCUGCUUCCUGGAAUAAAGGAGUGCACACAGUCAUGUCUGCCUUGUCUGUAGCUCCCACCAGGGCCUGUGAAUACACAGUGGAGGGCUGGAAGUAUGUGAAGGAUCUUGUGAAAUGAACAUGUUCUCCAGGGUUCAGGAUUCUCUCAGACCCCUCUGCAGGGCAGCUCAGCCAUGUAAGGGCUACAAUAAAGGACUUUGGUGGAACUUC